GCUCGCGGCGCAAGCACGGCACGCGCUGUUCCAUUCUAAGAAGCUGCUACGCUGGUCGCCUGGUUAUGCAGACAAUGUCUGAUCCUGCUUCGCUCAACCUGCAGCAGCUUCUGCAUCUUGCACGGGCCAUCUGUCACACAGCAGCCAUCACCAUCGAGCCCGCUGAAGCAGCAGCCAAGUUUUGCUACCAGGUUGCUUUGGUUAGAGACAGUGUGUUCCUGGAGGGCCUGUUGAACAGCUGCCGCGAGUUGUUCGAGAAGCGAGAGGAGCUGAUGGGCCCGCUCGAGGCGACGAAAAGGACGCCCUACGUGUCCUCCUUGGCCGAGUUCCUGGCGGCAUGCGAGUCAUCGAACGGCGCCGGCACCGAUGCAGCCAGUGACACUGCCAAGGACGUCCCUGUGCGCUGGACGGCCUACGUCUCCUUCUUGGCCGAGUUCCUGGCGGCAUGCGAGUCAUCGAACGGCGCCGGCACCGAUGCAGCCAGUGACACUGCCAAGGACGUCCCUGUGCGCUGGACACCCUACGUCUCCUUCUUGGCCGAGUUCCUGGCGGCAUGCGAGUCAUCGAACGGCGCUGGCACCGAUGCAGCCAGUGACACUGCCAAGGACGUCCCUAUGCGCUGGACGCCCUACGUCUCCUUCUUGGCCGAGUUCCUGGCGGCAUGCGAGUCAUCGAACGGCGCCGGCACCGAUGCAGCCAGUGACACUGCCAAGGACGUCCCUGUGCGCUGGACGCCCUUCGUCUCCUUCUUGGCCGAGUUCCUGGCGGCAUGCGAGUCAUCGAACGGCGCCGGCACCGAUGCAGCCAGUGACACUCCCAAGGACGUCCCUGUGCGCUGGACGCCCUACGUCUCCUUCUUGGCCGAGCUGCUGGUGGCAUUCGAGCCAUCGGACGGCGCCGGCGCCGAUGCAGCCUGUGACACUGUCAGCGCCAGAGAUGGCAAGAGGCCGAAUGGCAUCUGGAGGAGUACUGUCGUCUGGUUAUGUCGCCUGGUUAUGCAGGCAAUGUCUGACCCUGCUUCGCUCAACCUGCAGCAGUUUGUGUAUCUUGCACAGGCCAUCUGUCACACAGCAGCCAUCGCCAUCAAGCCCGCUGAAGCAGCAGCCAAGUUUUGCUACCAGGUUGCUUUGGUUAGAGACAGUGUGUUCCUGGAGGGCCUGUUGAACAGCUGCCGCGAGUUGUUCGAGAAGCGAGAGGAGCUGAUGGGCCCGCUCGAGGCGACGAAAAGGACACCCUACGUCUCCUCCUUGGCCGAGCUCCUGGUGGCAUUCGAGUCAUCGAACGGCGCCGGCGCCGAUGCAGCCUGUGACACUGUCGACGCCAGAGAUGGCAAGAGGCCGAAUGGCAUCUGGAGGAGUACUGUGCAGUCCCUGGCCAUAUCUGGUCAUACCUGGUCAACUUUGCCGAGAUGGAGUGUCUGAAGUCAGCAGUGACGGCUGCCGGCAAGGCCAUGGAGCAGGCUGAACCAUACCUGAUGCGUGCGGUCGACGAUUACACUGAUGUAUCUCUGUUUCUCGCGCAUAUCAUGGUUUUUGAACUAGCACUUAUAUAUACGUAUCUGUAUGUUGGACGUUUCUUCAAUAAAUUAUCAGUUGAGAGUCA